UCAGGCAUCCGCGACUCGGUCGUCAACCAGCUGCUCGCCAAGAUGGACGGCGUCGAGCAGCUCGACAACAUUCUGGUCAUCGGCCUGACCAACCGGCCGGAGCUGAUGGACCCAGCGCUGCUCCGGCCCGGCCGGCUCGAGGUGCACGUGCUGGUGCCACAGCCCGACGCGGCGGGGAGACAGCGCAUCGCCGCCAUCCACUCCGAGCGGCUGCGCGAGCGCGGCUGCCUCGCGCCGCCCGCCGCCGCUGCGCUGGCCUCGGGCGCCUUUGCGGAUGCGACCUGCGGCUUCUCCGGCGCCGACCUCGCGGGCCUGCUGCGGAGCGCGACGUCGUUCGCGCUGGAGCGCUACGCAGAC